AUGGGCAUGGGAAUGGCAAUACUCAGGCGCCUUGCUCUAUUGAUAUUGGUGAGCCGGUGUUGCUUUGCGGCACCGCCGAAGCCUGCAGCAGCCUUGAUCAGGCCCUCAGAAUCAUUUCAACCAAUCCUACCGAUCACUCCACCACAUUGCACUAAAACCUCUGUUAUUAAGUCAACUCUUUCCCAUGCAGCAGGUGAUGAAUCACUGCGUACAAUCCUAAUGAAUAUUCACAUUGGCCUUGGGAGUACGGUAUGUUUCCGGAUCGACAACGGAUCUUCAGAAAGCGAUGAAGCUUCCGCUAAACCGUCAGCUCAGGCCUCUUCGAUCUUCGCAGAUGUUCUGAGCAAUAAAGCUCCUGAACAGGGCUGGCUCCAUACCUUAACGCUAACUCAACUGGAGCAUCACCAUCCUAUCACUCAACACUACGAAUUCGCCAUACCUGAGGUGUCCACCUCGUGUAUUUGUGAUUGUGACCCGACCUCUAACGAUACGUCGUGCUAUCGCACUUUCCACGCCAGUCAAUCUGAUGCUGGUUGUGCUCCAGGCAGUCAAUCGAAACUCUGCUGUGAGGUGAGCUUCCGUCCAUACAAAAAUCGUUCCUAUAUGGCCGUCAAACUUGAACAACCGAGCACAUUUGUUGUGUUCAAAUAUGUUGCAUAUGAUUAUACGGCUGGCCGAUGGGUGGAGAAGGACAAAAAUACGAUUCGAGUGGAAAUUGACGGUAGAACUCAGACGCGAUAUCUGGAUGGAUGGCAUCGAAUCGAGCUGAGUGUGUCGGCUGGUGGUCGAGCCAGUAGACAGCUCGAAUCUGGAAUGUAUUUCACGAUCAGUAAUCGAGGCGGUGAAAUGGAUCAGCUUAGGAAGCAACCCAUCAAUGAGCUGAAUGAAAAUAAUUUCGAACGACUUGGAUGGUAUCGCAAAGAUGCGAGUGGACACUUCGGUGUUCGGAACGGUAAAGUGAAAAUCCAGAAGAUCCAUUUGGCGAAGGUGGAUAAUUGUAAGGAACAAAGGUCACAGAGUUACUUGGAUGCACACCACUACGUGGACAUGAACGAUCCUGAGAAUCCGGAAAGAUUCUCACUGGAGGAUUCUGUUGAGCACAUCUACCCGUGGAUUCGUAGUGCACAAGUUGUUGAUGGAUCAGCUCGUCAAGCUAUCGUCGUACAUUCAGAAGGCACCAAUCUGGAAGUGAUUCUUCAGGUUCAUGAUCGCUCUGCGGCUCUAUCAUUCCUUCAUGAUUUCUCGAAACUUGACGAUUUCACCGGAACAAUAAUUGUUGACUUCAAAUCAAAUCGCUAUUUCAACUUGACCGUCUAUAAUGCUACCGGAAUCAUUCAUGGUAUUGUCAAACGAACAGUGGAUCGUGGCAGUCCGGAGGACUUUUCAUUCACCACAUACAUCGACGAUCUGCGGAGUGCGAAUAAAACCGUGAUUGUUCCAUUGCCCGCUAUGGUGGGUGGAGGCGAUCGGCUCAUCUGCUUAAGAGCCGAUGAUGAGCGACCUCAGACUGAAGUCUGUCGAAUCGUGCCAUUCCGAGAGGAGCCUCUUGAGAUCAAUUUGCUGGAGAACACGUGGAAAGAACUCGAGGGACACUGCGCGGAGUGUAAUAAAAUCACCGUAAAUGGAUUUUUAACGAAUCUAAACCCACUGAACUGGGUUAGCGGUGUCUCAUCGUUGAGCAACUUCAUCAUGAUGGUCUCUGAUAUGUUGGUCUAUUUAUUCAUGUGUGGCCUAUGUCCAUCGCAUACGUUGCUGAAUUGUUGUUCAGCAAAAAGUAAAGGCUCCAACUCACACAAACACUGUAGGCAUUCUAAAGAGGUUCAGUACGCCUGA